AUGGCAAAUUUGACACCCUUGUUUAAGAAAUACGUUUCAAUCAUUGAAGUUGAAUUAAAUGAUACGGACAAGACCAAUGAAAGCUCCAUUUCUAAGAAGCCUUAUGAAGGGCUUACUCUGAAGGAUUCAUUUGUCAAAGAAUGUUAUGAUUUAUUGAAAUCCACCAAUGAACUGGGGAAAAUCUUGAGGACGAUAGAAACAGAGUACCAGAAUGAUAAUAACUUGAAUAUGACAGAAUCUGAAAAAGAUGAUUUUGAUACAGAUUUUAGGCUGCAAUUGCAAUCUUACAUCAAAAAGUACAAACAGCUUGAAAAAUAUGAGAAUGAUAGACAGAAAUUUAUCGAUGAAAGUAUCCUCUCAGCUAAGAGUAAUAUUUUGCAUCCUUUUUCAAGAAAUCAAAAGAUUUUGACUAAUUUCCAUCGUACAAAUAACAAGUUUAGAAUUGGGGUGCUUCAAUCUUUAAAUUUGAUCAUCUCAUCUAUAUCUGCUGAUUUCACUUCUUUGCAGCAACAAAGGUUGAAGAAUCGAAGGAAAUUCCAAACUUUAAACUUCAGUGCGGCUUCCCCCUCGACGGAACUUGAUUAUUCCUCAGUUCAUGAUCCAGUGAAUAUUUCUCUGUCUCAUUCUCCAGUUGAGAGCGUUACCGAUGAAGUAAGAAGAUACGAAGAAACAAUGUCAAAGUUAACCCAAGAGCAGAUACAGCUGCUUGAAACUGAACACGAAGAGUUACUUAAUUUUAAGAAUGAACAGCUUAGAAGUGUUGAAAAGAUUAAUAAAACAAUUCUGGAUAUUGUGACAAUACAGAAUGAACUCUCUACUCAUUUGCAAUUACAGUCACAGGAUAUAAAUACCAUGUUAGACAAUCAAGAUGAAAUUGAGUUGAAUAUAGAAAAGGGUAAUAAGCAACUGAAUAAAGCCAAAAAGGCAGCAAGCAGAUCCGCUAAAUUCACUACAUAUAUUGCAUUUAUCAUUGGUAUAUUGGUUUUGUUAUUAGAUUAUAUAAGCUAA